AUGUCACCAGUCACUGAUGACCAACAAUCCGGCUUGCUGGCUCGAGCCGAGCGUGUUGCUGAGGAAUUUGCCCUUGGUCGUGAAGAUGUUCGGCGCAUUACAAGUCACUUUGUUCGCCAAAUGAGGGAUGGACUCACCCAUAAUCGCGCAUGGCAACUACCCAGCUUCGUGAGAAGUGUACCGACAGGGGCAGAGAAGGGCACUUUUCUUGCCGUUGAUCUAGGCGGUAGUAAUUGCAGGAUAUGUCUCGUGCAUUUGCGUGGCGAUUCUACUUUUACAACUACUCAGACCAGACACCGCGUGCCGCCGGAGGUUAUGGUGUGUCAAAGCUAUAAGCCUCUGUUCGAUUUUAUUGCAGCGAAAACAGCAGAAUUUCUCGCCGAAAACCUAGCAUCAAAUACCAAAGGCUACGAUAGAGCACACGGACGCGCAACGCCGUACAGAUUAGGAUUCACAUUCAGCUUCACCUGCGAGCAAACUUCCCUCGCCGGUGGAACUCUUAUUCGUUGGGAUAAAGGCUGGGAUAUUCCAGAAGCAGUAGGAAAGGACCCUUGUGUGAUGUUGCAAGAGGCCAUCGACAAGCUUGGAUUACCGGUUCUAGUCACAGUGCUCGCAAACGACAGCGUCGGCACACUCUUAACAAGAUCCUAUACUGCGGGCUGGAAGAUUUCUACGUUGGCUGCAAUAAUAUUUGGAACGGGUACGAAUGCGGCAUAUGUUGAGAAAUUAUCCAAUAUAAAAAGACUCGGUGUGAAAAAGGGGUCAGCUGGGGAGAUAAUGGUUAUCAAUACUGAAUGGGGUUGUUUGGACGACAAAAUGGAAGUUUUACCGCGAACUUGCUAUGAUGAUGAGCUUGACCGGGAGUCAACUGAUCCUGGUAUUCAAACGUUUGAAAAGAGGGUCUCGGGAAUGUACCUGGGAGAGCUCCUAAGACUCGUACUAGUUCGAUUGGUGCAAGAGGAUUCUUUUGAGAUGUCAAUUGAUAAAGAAUCACCACUCUUCCAAAGCCAAGGAAUCGAUAGCUCCUUUCUAUCUGACCUGGCGAUUGCAGGCGAUAAAGACUCAUCGAAGGCACUAUCACUCGUCGAAAGCAAAUUAUCAGCGAAGAAUGUCACAGUCAACGAUGUGAAGACCAUACAAAUAUUGUCUGCUGCUAUUGUCCGCCGAGCAGCACGUUUAGCUGGAGCAUCGUUGGCAGCUAUCAUUAUACAGAGCGGUCGACUUGAGCCUCCAUUAACAAAGCUGAAGUACUCCGGCACCAAGGUUACAGAACAAGAAGCCGUGGAAUCUACGAAUACGCGCAUGUCUAGCAUACAACGAUUCCGUCACAAUCUAAACUUAUUAUGGCGUCGAAUCGUCAAAUUCUUAGCCCGCUUGAACAUCUCACAGGAACAGCUCCAGUCUGCCGGUUCCAUUCAGCAGCCUGAUACAGAAAAGUCGAUCAUUGACAUCGGCGCCGAUGGCUCAGUAUUUGAGUUAUAUCCGACGUUUGAGGCCGAUAUGCGUGGGGCACUUAUAGAGGUACCAGAGAUCGGACCUUCUGGCGAAAAGCGUGUCCGUAUUGGGCUUGCAAAGGAUGGAUCUGGCGUGGGAGCCGCUCUGAUGGCACAAGCAGCGCUUGAAAUGGAAAAGAAAGCGCAACAUUGA